CGUUAAUGCGUUCUGUGAAGAAGAAGUAGCCAUAUUGCAGUGAUACAGCGUCUUUACUAGGUUGCCGAUAAAGCGUUGUGUUUUGUGUCUCCAUUACUAAUAUGUACUCAGUUCAAAAUUUUACAGACACGGGUAAGAUGAAGGACUAUCAUUACACGGGGCCAGUGGAGCACCGGUUCUCACCGUAUACGUUCAACGGCGGGACUGUCCUUGCUCUGGCUGGAGAAGACUUUGCAAUCGUCGCUUCAGACACCAGGCUGAGUGAGGGCUACUCAAUCCACAGCAGAGAAUCGCCAAAAUGCUACAAAUUGACAGACACAACUGUAAUUGGCUGCAGUGGUUUCCAUGGAGAUUGUCUGACACUGACAAAAAUCAUCGAAGCCAGACUCGAGAUGUACAAACAUUCAAACAAUAAGACCAUGUCUUGUGGAGCUAUCGCUGCCAUGUUGUCCACCCUCUUGUACGGCAGGAGGUUCUUCCCCUACUACGUUUACAAUAUCAUCGGAGGUCUCGAUGAAGAGGGCAAAGGGGCCGUCUACAGCUUUGACCCAGUAGGAUCCUACCAGAGGGACAGCUACAUGGCUGGAGGAUCAGCUAGUGCCAUGUUGCAACCACUACUAGACAACCAGAUCGGUUUCAAGAACAUGGAAGGUGUAACACGCAUUCCUCUGAGCCGCGAGAAAUCAGUUGAGCUGGUCAAAGAUGUUUUCAUCUCGGCCGCAGAAAGAGAUGUUUACACCGGGGAUGCCCUUCAGGUCUGCGUCAUAACAAAGGAGGGAAUCACGGAGGAGACCAUUGCGCUGAGAAAAGACUAGACAUUGUUGCGUCUUUGUCUUCAUUCCUCCAGUAGCGCUUCUUUUCAUAUUCAUACUGCUCGUUUGGUUGCUUGACUGCAGAUUCUAUUAAACGGGAGUGUUGAGGCAAACAUUAAAGAAUUUCUUUUUUUAACCAGGAAA